AUGGUUCAGAUCAGCGAAGUCAAGGGCAAUGCCCGUGAUAAUCGUACAGCAGUCCAUACACAUAUUAAAGGUCUAGGUCUUCGACCCGAUGGCACCGCAGAGAGGCAAUCAAGCGGCUUCGUGGGCCAGGUUGCAGCUAGAGAAGCAUGCGGUGUCGUCGUCGAUCUAAUACGGGCGCAAAAGAUGGCUGGCAGAGCCAUUUUACUGGCAGGCGGUCCAGGCACAGGAAAGACAGCUCUUGCACUCGCAAUAAGUCAGGAGCUCGGCACGAAAGUACCCUUUUGCCCAAUAGUUGGGAGCGAGAUAUAUUCUACGGAGGUCAAGAAGACUGAAGCCUUGAUGGAAAACUUUCGAAGAGCGAUUGGCCUGAAGGUCCGAGAAACGAAGGAGGUCUAUGAAGGCGAGGUUACAGAAUUGACUCCAGAGGAAGCCGAAAAUCCUCUUGGAAGCUACGGCAAGACGAUUAGCACAUUACUCAUCGGCCUGAAGAGCGCAAAGGGCCAAAAGAAGCUGCGGCUAGAUCCCAGCAUCUACGAAGCCAUACAGAAGGAGAGAGUCACAGUCGGAGACGUUAUCUACAUCGAGGCCAACACCGGAGCCUGCAAGCGCGUGGGAAGAUCUGACGCAUACGCGACAGAGUUCGAUUUGGAAGCCGAAGAGUAUGUGCCGAUCCCCAAAGGAGAGGUUCAUAAAAAGAAGGAAAUCGUUCAAGAUGUCACGCUGCACGACCUGGACAUUGCCAAUUCGAGACCUCAGGGUGGGCAGGAUAUCAUGAGCAUGAUGGGCCAAUUAAUGAAGCCGAAGAUGACAGAGAUCACCGAGAAGCUGAGAACGGAGAUAAACAAGGUCGUCAACAAAUAUAUCGACCAAGGUGUUGCGGAACUUGUCCCUGGCGUGCUUUUCAUCGAUGAGGUUCAUAUGCUCGACAUCGAAUGCUUUACGUACUUAAAUCGAGCCCUCGAAUCCAGCAUCUCCCCUAUUGUUAUUCUGGCUUCAAACCGUGGUAUGUGCACAAUUCGUGGGACUGAAGAUCUGAUAUCCGCGCACGGUAUUCCUCCCGACCUUUUGGCCCGUACGCUCAUCAUCCCGACACAUGCCUACGAGGCGGAGGAAAUCAAAAGAAUCAUCCGCAUCCGAAUAACUGUGGAGGGCCUAGCGAUAACGGAGGCAGCGUUGGACAAGGUUGCAGAGCAUGGUUCGCGGAUAAGUCUCAGAUAUGCGCUGCAGCUCCUUACGCCUGCCAGCAUUCUUGCGCGGGUAAGCGGUCGCAAUCAGAUCGAUGUGGCCGACGUAGGAGAAUGCGAAGAUUUGUUUAUCGACGCUCGACGAAGUGCAGCGAUCGUGAAUGGCGAAACCGGCAACCACUUUAUUUCAUAA